CUGCGCACUUUUCCCCAGCAAAAAAGAACGGAAAAAGAGACUUUUACAGCCCCUCUCACACACAGCCUGCAGCCGGCUGGCACUUAAAUCAUUUCAGACAGUUUCUUACGUCACGGUUUCCAGCUGUAUGAGUGAGUCCCCACAACCCGGAUAUACACACCGCUGCUCGUCUUUAAGAGACGUCAACAGGUCUGCAAAUUCUCCAGGAAUAUCAACAAAAACACAGCUUUUCUUGGCCCACGGUGGUCCACAAAUUUUUCACUGACCACGGCGGGUCCGCAAAUUUUUCACUGACCACAGCGGGUCCACAAAUGCAUAGAUUGAGGAGCUGUGGUUUGUCAGAGAUCAGCUGUGAUUAUCUGGCAGCAGCGCUGAAGUCCAACCCCUCCCAUCUGAGAGAGCUGGAGCUGAGCUACAACAACGACCUGCAGGAUUCAGGAGUGAAGCAUCUGUGUGGUUUCCUGGAGAGUCCAGGAUGUGGACUUGAAGCUCUGAGAUUGAGUUACUGUGGAUUGUCAGAGAUCAGCUGUGAUUAUCUGGCAGCAGCACUGAAGUCCAACCCCUCCCAUCUGAGAGAGCUGGAGCUGAGUGACAACAACAAGCUGCAGGAUUCAGGAGUGAAGCAUCUGUGUGGUUUCCUGGAGAGUCCAGGAUGUGGACUUGAAACUCUGAGAUUGAGUGUCUGUGGUUUGUCAAAGAUCAGCUGUGAUUAUCUGGCAGCAGCACUGAAGUCCAACCCCUCCCAUCUGAGAAAGCUGGACCUGAGCUACAACAACAAGCUGCAGGAUUCAGGAGUGAAGCAUCUGUGUGGUUUCCUGGAGAGUCCAGGAUGUGGACUUGAAACUCUGAGAUUGAGUGUCUGUGGUUUGUCAGAGAUCAGCUGUGAUUAUCUGGCAGCAGCGCUGAAGUCCAACCCCUCCCAUCUGAGAGAGCUGGAGCUGAGAGGAAACAACCUGAAGGAUCCAGAUGUGAAGCAGCUGUCUGAUCUUCAGCAGAGUCCAGACUACAGACUGGAGAAACUGGGGUGGAGCUGAUGAUGGUAAACAGGACGGUGUGUGUGCUGAGA